UAAUUAGCCGCAUCCUCUUCACGAUUUUCGUAUUUCAGAAAAGAGACGUAGUCGACGAGGAUACCUAGCGCUGACUCCGCCAUGUUGCAGUUAAUCACGUCUUCGACCAAAAUCCUAUUCUCUUCAGCUGGAUUUAUCAUAUCGAUAAUCUCGUCCACAAUGUCAUCGGCGUUGUAACUCAUUGACCAGUUCUCCACCGUGGACAGAUUCAAUAGCAUGCUUUGAACCAUCAUUUUGAUUUCAUCACGAUCUAGUACACCGUCAUCCCUCAAAUCGAGCAUGUGGAACAGCCACCGAAUAGAUGCUGGUUGACUUUUCCAGGUAAUCGCAGCGUCGAGGUCCACGAAUCCACGGAAAUCCAUCUCGUGGGGAGGCUGGUCGCCGUAUAACAUUUGAUUUGCAAACACUCGUUCCAAAAACAGAGGUGUGAUUGUACCCUCCCUCAAUCCACGACAUUCCUCCAGAGACAACAUUCCAGAACCGUCUCUAUCACAUAAACGAAACUGCUCCAGGGCUUUCCAAAAUCUGCUCAGUGAGCACCAAGAAGAUGACGUAUCCCAUGAUUUAUCGGCAGGUUUGCGUUUCUGUUUACUUAACACCUCAAAAAGGUCAUCCAACGCUCGUGUCGAGGCGAGCUCCUGUAAGAGUAUCUUUUCAGUAAAUAAUUCAAUUCUCUAUCGAAAGAAAAAAUUUUCGGGGUGUAGAACCUCCACAUAG